CAUACCAGUGUCUACGCGGCGCUGAACUAUUGCCGGGCGGGAUUUCCGCAAUAUCAAGUAUGGCGAAGACGUACGAUUAUUUGUUCAAACUACUGUUAAUCGGAGAUUCCGGAGUAGGAAAAACAUGCGUAUUGUUCAGAUUCUCAGAGGAUGCUUUCAACUCCACCUUUAUCUCCACAAUAGGUAUUGAUUUCAAGAUUAGGACAAUAGAACUAGAUGGCAAGAAGAUAAAGCUGCAGAUAUGGGACACAGCAGGUCAAGAGCGAUUCCGAACAAUCACAACAGCAUACUAUAGGGGAGCCAUGGGCAUUAUGUUGGUGUAUGACAUCACCAACGAAAAGAGCUUCGACAAUAUAAAGAACUGGAUAAGGAACAUUGAAGAACAUGCGUCGGCGGAUGUUGAGAAGAUGAUCCUUGGCAACAAGUGUGACAUCAAUGACAAACGACAGGUGUCCAAAGACAGAGGCGAGAAGCUGGCUCUGGAGUAUGGCAUUAAGUUCAUGGAGACCAGUGCAAAGGCCAAUAUCAAUGUGGAAAACGCAUUCCUGACACUUGCCAGAGACAUCAAGGCAAAAAUGGACACAAAAUUGGAAGGCAACAGUCCGCAGGGCAGCAACCACGGGGUGAAGAUCACCACGGAGCAGCAGCAGAAAAAGACCAGCUUCUUCCGCUGUGUGCUCCUGUGAAACCACGCUGGCCCGCCUUACCGUCCGCCCGCACACACGCCCGUACGAGUUGGACGCCACUGGACUGUGCUCUUGUUCUCAGCACUCCCCAGCCCAUCCCUUCCUCCAUCCCUCCCUCUCUCUCUUUCCCUCUCUCGCUCUCUCUCUCUCACUUUCUUAUUCUCUUUUGCUUUUCCCUCUUUUUCAGCCCUCUUUCCCUGCCCCACUGUCCUUCCUUUACCAGUUGGCCAAUGGAAGUAGUUUGCUCUCCAUCCAUGUUCUUCCAUAAGACAUACAUGCAGGUGACGCCAUCCUCUUCCAGGCUUAUGAUCCUUUGCUGAUACUGCCAUGCUUCUGAUUGGCUGUAUUUGGUCAAGGUGAAGAGCUGAGCCGGGUUGAACCGGUCUGAAGCGGCGCUCACUGUCUUUGUGCGCGUCCUCACUUCGGGAAGAGGAGGACCACCACUUCUGUUUGUCCGACAGUCUUGUUUCGGAGCUCUUGUCAGAGCAUGCCGCUGCCAAACUCUUACCCCACCCUCAACCCCAUUCAACCUCACUCAACCCGGAAGCGACAGUUUGGUUUGAGAGUUGUUGUUCUUCCAGGGUCAGGCUGUAGAGCGUAAUCUGUUGCUGUUGUGCCCUGAGCGCUGUUUAGAAAGUUUCUAUUCUCCAUUCCAUUCUGUUUUUGUGUCUUGUUCCUUUUUUGUAGUUUUCGGGUUUUUUUGUUUUUUUAAAUCCCCAUGCAUUCCGCGACAAUCACUUGACCUAACUUUAAAAAUACGAAGCUUGUAGUGGGCCACUUACACUUUAGGCAUCGCUCCUCUCUUGUUUGUGAGUUUUUUUUCUUUUUUUUUAUAUAUAUAUCAUUCUUUUGUAUUGUUUUAAUUACCUGAAAAAAUAACUCCCUUAACCAAUUCCUGGCAUAUGGUCCGAAACGCCAUAUUUAUGCAGGACUACAUUCCACCUUACCAAUGUUGUUUACCUGUUCAUGCUAUAGAGAUUUUCUUAUGCAGAAUCUGUGCACAUCUUGUAUGUUAUUGUCAAGUUAGUCAUAUUAUUAUUUUUUUUUUUUUGUAGAUGUUUUAUUAGAAAUUCCCCAAAGCUUUGGCCCAUUGCUCAUAUGAUCCAAAAACCUCAGGACUUGUCUCGGUGAAGUUCUGAGAGGUUGUAGCACGCCCAAGCUUCAAGACCCAAACUCGCACAGAAAACAUGUCCUCUCUGUAGAAACACAUGGCCGUCUCAGUCCACCUCCAGCAAUACUUCACUGGGAGGGCCACCCUGCAAGUCCCUUGCACUUUACGAGUGACCUUUGUGUUGUGAGUAGUCUGUGCAGAGUGGUAGUGUUUUUUGCAUAAUGCAACGUAUCUGUUUUUUUAGUAGUAGUAUUAUUUGGCAAAAAAAAAUGAUACGUUGACAUUUCAUAUGGACCUAAUGACUUCAUGUUUUGAUAAGUUUCAUUUGAAAUUUAUUUUAAACACCUUUAGUAUUUAUCAGAGCGGUAUAAAUCCCAAGAGUUGUUGCACAAUGCACAAAAUGCCCUGGCUUCCAUCAGCUUGCCAAAGUUGAUGCAGUAAAGCUCUUGAGCUUCUUGGAACCUCUUGGAACCAAUUUGGAGACAGCUAGCCUUAGCCCUUACAGCUGUACUGUGCUGUGCGAUCAGGAGAGGGCGAGCCUCAGCCCUUAAGAGCUCUGUCGUCGCUGGCUUCCUCUGCGUGGGAUGACUCACCCCUGCAGUGUGGAGUGGAGGCCGCUUGGCCCCUUCUGGUUUCCCUUUUGGUCACAGGCACUUCCUAAUGUCAGCUUUAGGUGUGCACUGUUUCUGGCUUUCUCACUCUUGACUUUUCAUCCAGGAACUUCUCUGCGCUUUCUGCUUUCUUUUUUUCGCUAAAGUAAGUCUUAUGAUUGGGUGGAGGCAGUCAGACCUGGUCUGUUUUGAAUGGUAAGGAGAUUUAAUCGCAAAGGCCUGGGGGGGGGGGGGGUGUAGAUUUUCACUCAAACCCAAGAUGUAUAGCUAACACAUUUCAGACUUAAUAUAACUAUGCGCCUGCUUGGCCAGGUUUUGGAUACAUGCAGCCUCACCAGUCUAUUGUAGGGGAGAUGUUUUUUCCCCAAAGUGAAAGCAUACCAACAUGACCAGUGGCGACUGUCAUUUGGUCUUCGAAAUUCAGUUUGUAAGCAGCCUACUGCAUUGCGAGUCAAGCGAGCACACUGGGGCUUUGGAUUUAUCUUGGGGGAAGCUCUGGUGCCUGGCCUGGUGGUUAAAGCAUUCCGUUAGAGACAAAAAAAUAAACAGUGUUCUGUAUGUUGAAUCGAGGAGAAGCUUGUGGUGUUUUGCUCUGUUUCAGGAGAUUCCAAGUUAGGACAACUUUCUCUUCCAUUUUGAGGUGUUUUUCCCUGGGUGUGGAACAGUUUGCCUAUUUAAACUAAUCUGCUGGCUUCCCCUUCAAUUUCUUUUGUCCAAAGAGAUCCAGUGAUCACUUCAUUUUCUUUUUUUCCCUUUCUAUUGAUACCUUGUAUUAAAGGUUUUCCCUAUUAUUAUUAUUAUGAUUAUUAUAAUUAUUAUUGGGGGCUUUUUCUGGUGCCCACAUCUGCCACCCUCUGUUGAGUCUGUUUGCUAAGCUCAGACCUGCAUGCGUUCACAGCCGAACCCUUUGUCUUAAUUGCUAAUACUUGAUCUCUUUUCGUUUUGAAAACUAUGCAUCAUGAAGGUUCAUAUUGACAACCUUUAAAAACGUACCUGUUUAUUAAUUACCUGGGUUUUUUUUUUUAAAAGAGUUUUGGAAAUGGCAACAGCAGUUGCUCGACCCUGAGCACAUUCCUGUAUGAUUUUGAUAUGGUCUCAUAAUUUAGUCGCCCCCCCCCCCCCCCCCCCCCAAGUCUCUUUAUGUGCAAUGCUCCAUUUUGUGUGAUGAUGGGUGAAUUCCAUUAUAUACACCUUUCUGGCUCUGGUGUGAAAUUUGGCAAGGAUGUUGAGAGAGUCCUCUCUCUGCCCUUGGUGGCUGAUCACCCUGCAGUUCAGUGAUACUUACUCUGUCAUACCUCCUACCCUCGUGCGUCUUCAGGUAUGCUUACAGCGCCCCCCCCCCCCUCCCUCUUUAUUUAUUUUUUGUUUUUGUUUUGGCAUUGCUGUCGCAUUCAUAUCAUAUCCAAUUCCCUUUCAGUUUUUUUUUUUUUUAAAGACAGUUUUUGUGUAUCUGUUGAUUUGAGAGGUAUAUGGGGAGAAAGAUUUCAAGUAAAUUACCUUUUGGAGGAAAAAAAAAAACAAUUGUAAAUAACACUCUAAAAAAAGAGAUCUACGUAAAAAAAAUUGUACUGUACUUUCUAAAAUCAUAUGAAAUCGAUCUACGGUUCUGUAGAUAUCUGUACUUUUGAUUUAUUAAAAUAAGACUUUUAAAAAAAA